AGUGUCUGAGCCUCCCCCGCGUAGGGUGCGCCCCGCACGCUUAUCCUGCCCCGGAGCAGCGCGGGCUCCCAGCCCUCGCUCCGUAGCCGCUGCGAGAUGCUGCGCUCCACGUCCACUGUCACCCUGUUCUCAGGUGGCAGUGCCAAGUCGCCUGGGACGCCCAGUAGAAGGGCAAAUGUCUGCAGACUACGGCUGACUGUGCCUCCUGAAAAUCCAGUGCCGCAGCAAACAGAAAAGAAGAUUGAGAGGAAAGAUCAGCCUCCAGAACUAAGCAAUGGAGAAUCUACCAAGAAGCUCCCUCAGGGUGUUGUCUACGGUGUGGUGCGAAGAUCAGAUCCCAAUCAGCAGAAGGAAAUGGUCGUGUAUGGCUGGUCCACCAAUCAGCUGAAAGAAGAGAUGAAUUACAUCAGAGAUGUGAGGGCCACAUUGGAGAAAGUGAGGGAGCGGAUGUACGGAGACUAUGACCAGAUGAGACAGAAGAUCCAACAGCUCACCCAAGACCUGUCGGUUUCCCAUGCUCAGCAAGACUACCUAGACAGUCACAUUCAAGCCCAGGCAUCGGCCCUGGAUAGUUUCAAUGCCAUGAACUUGGCGUUGGCAUCGGACUCUGUUGGCUUACAGAAAACCCUUGUGGACGUGACUUUGGAAAACAGCGACAUCAAGGAUCAAAUCAGACAUUUGCAGCAGACCUAUGAAGCGUCCAUGGACAAGCUGCGAGAGAAGCAGAGGCAGCUAGAGGCCGCUCAAGUGGAAAGCCAGCUGCUGAAGAUGAGGGUGGAGUCAUCGCAAGAAGCCAACGCUGAGGUGAUGCGGGAGAUGACGAGAAAGCUGUACAGCCAGUAUGAGGAGAAACUGCAGGAGGCACAGCGCAAGCACAGUGCAGAGAAGGAGGUGCUCCUGGAAGAAACCAAUAGCUUUCUGAAGGCAAUCGAAGAGGCCAAUAAGAAGAUGGAGGCAGCCGAGCUCAGCCUGGAGGAGAAAGACCAGAGGAUCGGGGAGCUGGACAGGUUGAUUGAACGCAUGGAGAAGGAACGGCAUCAACUCCAGCUCCAGCUCCUUGAGCAUGAGACAGAAAUGUCAGGGGAGAUGGCAGAUUCUGACAAGAACAGGUACCAGCAGAUGGAGGAGGCAUCGGCCAGCCUCCGAGAGCGGAUCAGACACCUGGAUGACAUGGUGCAUUGCCAGCAGAAGAAAGUCAAGCAGAUGGUUGAGGAGAUUGAAUCAUUAAAGAAAAAAGUGCAACAGAAGCAGCUCCUGAUACUGCAGCUUUUAGAAAAAAUCUCUUUCCUGGAAGGAGAGAAUAAUGAACUACAAAGCAGGUUGGACUAUUUGACAGAAACCCAGCCCAAGACUGAAGUGGAAACGAGAGAAAUUGGAGUAGGCUGCGAUCUUCUACCCAGCCCAACAGGUGGCAGGACUCGUGAAAUCACAAUGCCUUCCAGGAGUUACACCCCGUACACGAGAGUCCUGGAGUUAACCUCAAAGAAAACGCUGACUUAGACACUCAGAGACAGAUGCCUCUUGCAGAUGUCCAAAGGCCCUGGAAGCCUGUGACUUAAAAGUCUGGAGAGGGUGGUGACUGCUUCCUCUAAGACAUGGUGUAACCUAGAGUGGGAAUCUCAGGCCAUUGGAGACAGAGAGAACGAACAGGCAAGGGCUGGUACAUGAGGACAUGAGGUCGUAUUUCAGACCCUGCUACUCACAGCCAUUGUUUGCUUUCCAUGGAUGCUCAAGUCCAGGUUUCACAGUCAGUUUUCUGUUUUACUCGAUUUUGGUUUGGAGGGAAAAGGACAUUAGUUAAAAAUGUCCUUUUUGUUACAGCAUAAAGGUUUUGUUUACCCAUAAAGUAUUAGCAGCAGUAUUUCUCCCACAUGGAGAAGCCUGUGCACAAGUAGCAUGGGUACCUGGAAAAACUUGAACCUGGAGAGAAAGAUUCCCAGCAUGCAGUGCUCUCUCCUCCAGUGAGGAGGAUGUAUGCCUGGUUGUGGGAGCCAUGUUCAGAGAUUUGUGUGUGUACCAGAGUAGCUGCAUUCUGAUUCACUAAUCCCUCGUUUUAACGUGUGCCUUAUGCCUUGAUUGGACCAGCUGAGAUCACUAUAUUUAUUCAAGCUGUGAUUCUUUUCUUUCUCACUCCUAAAAGAAUUUUGUAUGUUGUGGCAUUUAAUCAUUUCAUGUUUAGUAACAAUUGACAUUUUUGUUAAAUGGAUGAGGAGUCCAUUCAUGCACACUCUUCUUUGAUAUUAAAACCCACAUAGCGUAUAUUUAAUAAAUUCUAUCUAUUUUGUUC